AUGAAUGACGAAUCGGUAGAUGCCACCGAGCUUACCAAUAUGAAGACACCAUUGUGGGAUGCUGAGGGUACUUGUGAAGAUAAUGAGGUAAAAAUAGAAGAAAAAGGAGUUGAGGUUGAAGAGGAUCCUACUAGUGACCCAGAGUUGUUAGAUAGAGAAUUGGAGACGAAAAUGGACGAAUUAGUCCCACCUCCGGUUCAACAGGAUGUGAAACUCCCUUGGAAUUCCACGCCAUGGUAUUACGGUCCUGAACCUAUUGACGAUGAUGUCUGGAGUGAAGAUGAUGAGGGAGUGGUAGAAGAGAUGGAGUUAGAGAUACCUGACUACACCACGUCCCCUAGAGUUGAAGAAUUUGAAGAAGAGCCACUUGACAAGAUGGAGGAUGAGAAUGAAGAGCGUAUACCAUCUUGGGAGGAGGAGCUUGGUGAUGAGUUGGUAGGUUUGCCAACUCUUGAAGAUGAAGAAUUUGACCCGAUUGGUGAUCUCAUCUAUCUAGAGACAUUACUUGAAGAGAAACCGACCAUGGAGAUCAAAUAUACACCAAACGAAGAAGAACAGGAAGUGGCUGAGGAGUUUGAUAGCCGACCCGUGGAGAAGUUAGAAGAUGGACCGCCACCAGGAUCAAGAACACGGGAGAGGGCGAGAAAGAGCUUGGAUCAACACCUACCGAGGAUUCAAGGAUGGUACCAAAGGAAAAAGAAGGAGAAACCAUUGAAGUUUGCACAACACCAUCCUUCUCAUUACAUGCCACGAAUCAGGAUGGUACCAAAGGAAAAAGAAGGAGAAACCAUUGAGGCGGGAUUAGGUGGACCGUAG